AUGACAGAUGUUACGGUAGCUGUAAAUUUAUCGAUCGGCGAUUUUCCUCUUUUUCUUCCUUAUCAACAAAUAUUAUUAUUGUUACAGAACCCACUAAUCAACGUAAACAAAGAUAGCUUCAAGGUAGAUAUGAGCGCUGCUCAACCUCCAAUACUGGCCAGCGUAAUGGCAGAUGGUCAACCGAGCAGCGAUACUCCAAAACCAGAUCAAGCUCUUACGAAGUUAGACAAAGUCCUUUCCGAAAUGCAAGAUCGUGGUCUACAGAAUGAUCCGCGUUAUGCGGAAGUUUUGCUACUGAAACAAAAACUUCAACGAGGAAUUCAGAACAAUUCAUCCAAUGUGGGAAGUAGUUCGUCAGAGAAAAAAGAGUUGAGCACAUCCCAGUUAUCCCAGCUGAAAUCUCAAGUCGUUGCAUAUCGUCUCCUGGCUCGAAAUGAGAAGGUCCCUGAGAAUUUGAUAGCUAAUGCUGUACAACUUCCUCCAAAGAAGACUACGAUGUUACCAGAACCAUUCAAAUAUCCUGGCGAAGCAGAAAACGGCGAAAAAUUGCCAUAUGAUUUGAUAAAGGUUCUCAGUCUACAUCAAGCACGGAGCAAGCGGGAAACAACAGUUUCUGCUCCACCUGGAAUUGAUCCGAUUGAGAUGCUAAUGCAACGAGAAAAUAUGGUCCAUAACAAAAUAGGGCUUCGUUUGCAAGUCCUCAAAAAUUUUCCUGCCGAUAUGCCGGAACAUAUAAAACUGAAAGCCGAAAUCGAGUUACGCGCAAUACGUUUGCUCAAUUUGCAAACACAGGUAUUCAUGAAGUUGCUCUCUGUUCGAAAAGACGUAAUGUCUUGUAUGCAACGCGAUACUCUUCUGGAAACAUCGCUGAACCCCCAAGCUUAUCGACGCAUGAAACGUCAGACCCUUCGCGAAGCUCGUAUCACCGAAAAACUGGAGAAACAACUAAAGUUGGAGCAAGAGAGAAAUAGGAGACAGAAGCAUACCGAUUUGAUGUAUGCAAUCGUUCAACACUCAAGAGAUUUCAAGGAGUAUCACCGAAAUAUUCUAAUGAAAACAGCAAGAACCAGAAAAGCUGUUACAACAUACCAUCAAAAUAACGAGCGAGAGCGCAAAAGAGAUGAAAUUCGCAAUGAAAAGCUGCGAAUGCAAAAACUCAUGCAAGAAGACGAAGAAGGUUACCGUGCACUUCUCGAUGAAAAGAAAGAUCAGCGACUGGUGUACCUACUUCAACAAACUGAUGAAUACGUCGACUCUCUUUGUUCCUUGGUUCGCCAGCAUCAAACGACUGAGAAGAAAAAGAAAAGAGAAGACAGACAGCGAGAUCAACUCGAUGAAGAAGUCCAUGUUCAUGUAAGAGAAAGAAGUACCGGAAAAAUACUGACAGGAACUGAUGCUCCAAAACCAGAAGAAGUUGAAUAUUGGCUUGAGACACACCCAGAAUAUGAAAUAAUUCCACGAGAUCAGCUCAGUGAUGAUGACGGUGAUGAUGAGGAAGAAGUUGCUGAAGAAGUAAUCGAAGAAGAAAAAGAUGAUCAGUACGCCGGAAUGGACGACGAGACAAAAGCAAAGAUGAUUAUCGAAAAAGCUCGUAAUGAAGAAGACGAAUAUGAUCAGAGAACCAAAAAGCAGAUGGCUGACUAUUAUGCGACGGCACACAGAGUGAAGGAAAAGGUCGUCAAACAACAUUCUACGAUGGGUGGCGGUGAUCCUAAUCUCUUGCUGAAACCUUAUCAGCUAAAAGGGUUGGAGUGGAUGGUCUCGCUGCACAACAACAAUUUAAAUGGAAUUCUUGCAGAUGAAAUGGGUCUCGGAAAGACAAUUCAAACAAUUUCUCUAAUCACCUAUUUGAUGGAGGUAAAACAAAACAAAGGACCAUAUCUCGUUAUUGUCCCACUGUCUACUCUUUCAAACUGGCAAUCCGAAUUUGCGAAGUGGGCUCCGUCUGUAUCAGCAAUUACUUACAAGGGAACCAAAGAUGCUCGUCGUCUUGCAGAAGGAGCAAUCAGGAAAGGCAACUUCAAUGUAUUGAUGACAACCUAUGAAUAUGUAAUUCGAGAAAAGGCGCUGCUUGGAAAAAUUAGAUGGAAGUAUAUGAUUAUCGAUGAAGGUCAUCGUCUCAAGAAUCACAAUUGCAAGUUGACAUUGAUGCUCAAUGGAUAUUUUCACGCUCAACAUCGUUUGCUUCUCACCGGUACUCCGCUCCAGAACAAGCUACCAGAACUAUGGGCGCUUCUCAACUUCCUGCUCCCCUCCAUUUUCUCAUCUUGUGGAACAUUCGAACAAUGGUUCAAUGCUCCAUUCGCCACUACAGGAGAAAAAGUGGAGUUGAGUCAAGAAGAGACUAUGCUCAUUAUCAGGAGGCUUCAUAAAGUUCUUCGUCCGUUUUUGUUGAGACGUCUUAAAAAAGAAGUAGAGUCACAGCUGCCGGAUAAAACUGAAUACGUUAUCAAAUGUGAUAUGUCGGCUCUUCAAAAAGUCAUCUAUCGUCAUAUGAAACGUGGAUAUCUGCUUGAUUCGAAAUCGUCAUGUGGAGCUCGUUCCUUGAUGAAUACAAUCAUUCACCUUCGGAAACUUUGCAAUCAUCCCUUCCUAUUCCAAAAUAUUGAGGAAUCGUGUCGAAGCCAUUGGAAUGUGAAUUUCGUUAGUGGAGUCAAUUUGAUUCGUGUGGCAGGAAAACUGGAGCUUCUGGAUCGUAUUUUGCCGAAACUUAAAGCAACUGGUCAUCGUGUAUUGAUGUUCUUCCAGAUGACGACAAUGAUGACAAUUUUCGAAGAUUAUUUGAAUUUCCGACAAUACACUUAUCUCCGUUUAGACGGUUCAACAAAACCAGAUGAACGUGGAGAGUUACUCAAAAUGUUCAAUGCUCCAGACAGCAAAUACUUCCUCUUCAUGCUUUCAACAAGAGCUGGAGGACUUGGUCUCAACUUGCAAACGGCAGAUACUGUUAUUAUUUUCGACUCGGACUGGAAUCCUCAUCAAGAUAUGCAAGCUCAAGAUCGUGCUCAUCGUAUCGGACAGAAAAAAGAGGUUCGAGUUCUUCGACUGAUUACGGCAAAUUCUGUCGAAGAGAAGAUUUUGGCCGCUGCCCGUUACAAGUUGAAUGUAGACGAGAAGGUUAUUCAAGCUGGUAAAUUCGAUCAACGUUCAACUGGUGCUGAACGGAAACAAAUGCUAGAAGACAUCAUUCGAGCCGAUGGAGAAGAGGAAGAAGAUGAAGAAGUGCCGGAUGAUGAGACUGUGAAUCAAAUGGUUGCUCGAUCUGAAGACGAGUUCAGCUUAUUCCAAUCCAUGGACAUUGAUCGCAGACGAGAGGAAUCUCUUCAGCAGAAUCGAAAGCCACGUCUAUUGGAAGAGAUGGAGAUUCCAGAUGAUAUCGUCAAAUUAUCCUUCAACUACGAAGAGAUGGAAAAAGCCAGGGAGGAAGGGCGCGAAGUUGUUGAUCAAACUCCCAAUCAACGAAGACGGCGUAAAGAGAUUGAUUACGCAUCCGAUCUGAUGACCGAGGAGCAGUUCAUGCGACAAGUAGAAGAAGUCGAAGAUGAAAACGAAAGAAUCGCUUUGGAGAAGAGAAAGCAGCGUAAGAGGAAAAUGGCAGGACUAGAUGAGAAUGACGUGUCAAUGGAUAAUGUUAUUCAACAACCUAAAAGAGUGAAGACUGAUCCAGAGUUGGCACGAUCAGUCAAUGACAUGAUUGCUGUAAUUUUGGUUUACGAGGACGAUGGUGGUUACCGUAUCGCAGAUCCGUUCAAAAAACUACCAACUCGCAGAGAGCUUCCGGAAUAUUAUCAAAUUAUUGCAACACCAAUGGAUUUUGAUAGGCUCAAAAGGAAACUGUCUACCGGUCGCUAUCAGACACUAGAGGACGUUAACACAGAUAUGGAACUACUCGUGAAUAACGCUCAAAUCUUCAAUCAGGAGGGUAGCGAACUUUAUGAAAACUCGAAAAUCAUUGGAAAGUUAUGGAAGGAGCAAUAUGAUAAGGUUAACCAUAAUAUCAGCGCGGGACCGGACAGCCCACAAGGCUCAUCCAAGAGCGAUCCAAUGAGCAGCGAGUGGAAUAGAGAAAUUUCUUCUGGGCCGCUUACGUCCGCCCCUCCAUCAAUGAAAAUGCUGAAGAAGGAGUUAGAGGAAGGACAAUAA